UGCCCUUGUUGUUGCCAAAUUUAGCUAAAAUAUUCUCUGAACUGGCAACACUGGUCAAAUACAUAAUGACAAAUGUCACUCAAUAAUCAAUCAUUUUUUGAAAUUUCAAAAAUGUCAGUCAGGGUUGAUUCAAUAACGGACAACAGUAAACACAUCAUUUUCCAAUUAAAUUUCCAAUUUACAUUGAAAAACUUGUGUUGUAAUUAACGAAAACAAUGUGCCCAAUGACUAGAAGCUCACAAAAAAUGGAAAUCAGAUAAUAAAUCCCUAUUUCCUAACCUCAAAAAUCAAAAUGUUAACCGACGAAGAUACAGAGGAUGGAAAUUUCAUUGAACUUUUCAAAAAGGAACACAACGAGCAAUUUUACGUUCUUGUUAAAAUGCACUUGUCGUUUCUUUUACAUAUGACUACCGAAGAAAGCGAAUGCUUCUACGAAAAAGUCAAAUUAAGAAAAUGGAACAUAGUGCCUUUCGGCAAGAAAUCUAAACACAAACAAUCGCUGGACGCAGCUCUAAAUCAAAACAUAUUAAAACAAGUUCAUCAGUUGAUUAAUUUUCUUAAAUUGGAUUCCAAUUUAAAUUCUGAAGGCAUAUUUAGGAGAACAGGCUCACUUGAAAGACAAAACGAACUCAAAAACCUUCUCCUGCAAGGUUGCACCAUAAAUUUUUCAAAUAAUCAUUUCACUGUUCAUGAUUGUGCUUCAGUUUUAAAAUGGUUUUUAGCUGAUUUACCUGAACCCAUUACAACCGACAUACAAUUUCCUAUUUAUUGUCAAAUAGCAGAAUCCUUUAAGACAACUGAGGCUGCACACGAAAUCAAAAUCCUACAAAGUGUACAAUUAUUGUUCCUGCUACUACCAAAAGAAAACAAAAAUUUACUUCAAGACAUUUUUGAGCUUUUACAUUUGGUGAUGCUCAAAGAAGACACUAAUAGAAUGUCUUCUGAAAAUUUAGCUAAACUCUUUACACCUCAUUUAUUAUGCCCCAGGAAACUUGCCCCUGAAGUUUUACUUAAAGACUCCCAAAUCCUGUUCAGUGUUGUAGCAUUUAUGAUCAAAAAAUACCCAAAACUAUUCAAAAUCCCAGCCCAAUUGAUGCUGGACUUUAGGACGCAUCACGAACAAGGCACUGUAUUAAAUGACUCUAUCAAAGGAGCAGCCCAUACAGUAUUUAGUUUUGUUGACAAUAACAAAACCGCCAAAGAAAACCAGGAAAAUGUAACUGAUGCGGCUUUAGCAGAAUUGUAUGCUCACAUACAAAGUUUGCCUGAAACUUCAAAAAAAAGAAAACUGGUCAAGCAGUUUAAUAAGCAAAACGGACAAGGAACUCCGUUGCAAGUUAUCAGAAGCUCUGCGCCAAAGAAUAGGAGUUUUGGGGAUUCAAUUAAGAAGCAUAUGUUUCACAAGAAGUUGUUGAAGAAUGUUAAAAAGUCUGGUUUAACUCAGAUGAAAAGUUCUAGCAGUGAAGAAGUGUUGAAUAGUCCUAAUUUAGGUCAAAAAACCUCUUCUAGAGGACGACUGUUUUGUCAUAAUUUUGACAGCAGCUCAGAGGAGGAAACUCCUGAAAAACGCCUAAAAAAUAUUCAGGAUACUUCUGUGGAACGUUUCAGGAGUAAAAGCGAUUCUGAUUUAGAAUUAGGUAACGUCUCAGGACUGCCAGACUAUCUAACAAGCACUCCUGCUUGCCUAUUAAACCGUGUAGAUACUGUUUUUACUCCUGAAGGGCAAAAUAGAAGAAGCAUGUCACCUAUUACAAGAUCUACACAGCGAAUGCCUAGAGCUAUGCAGGAAACUAUGAUGACUCCACGUAGCAGGAAGCCAGUCCUUUUAGUAUCUGGUACCAACAUAAACAACCUCGCCAAAUUGAGUCCCAAACUCACACAUUUGAUGGAAGAAGAUUCGUUUAAUAAUCCAGGAACUUCAAAGAAACUGUUUGUUAAAUCAAAAAGUGAUGGUGAUUUAAAUGAAGACAAUAAAUCAACACCACUUAAAUUGAAUAAAACUGAUAGUCCUAAGAAACUUAGUCAUAGUUUUAAAAAUUACAUGAACAGUAGAGACAUGUUGACUAUCGAUAAUAGUCCUACUGAUUCUAGUUUUUCUAGUCGUUCUGACGAUUUUCAGUCUUACACUGAAUUCAAUGAUAGCUUUAGGGAUAAUCGGGCAGUUGAAGAAAUGUCCGAUUCAAUGUUGUACAUAUUAGAUGGUAAUAGUCCCAAUGAUGUGUCUAUGGAAAAUAGUGAGGGAGAGAAAAAAUUGGUGCUAAAACCUAGACAAUUUGACGAAAACGGCAAACCUAUUGUUUUUGAAACUUCUUUUUAAUUAAUUAUUUGACUAAAUUGUAUUUGUAUUAUUAAAUAUAGUUUUGUACUGAUUGUUUAAUCCAAAGUUAAUUAUUAGAAAUAUAGUUUUAUUACUUUAAA